AACGGCGCAGCCCAUGGUGCGCGUGCGCCGACUUCUCCAACAACGGAUCGUCGCCAGGCAGCCGAUGGGAAAACAGGCAGUGAGAUAACUCCCGUCCACAAAUGACGGUUACGCGCGCAAGUGCAACAACAUUCAGUGGUUCAGUGACAGUGUUGUGUUGAAGAGCGCCAUCUGGCGUGCGAUAGCGGCGCAAGGUGGCGGGGACGCAUGCUGCGUCGUUGCCUUUGGCGAUGCCAUUUAUAGAAGAUGAGUGGUGGUCAGCUGAAAAUGAGGGUAGAAUGGUUGACCUCUCCAAUUGUUUACAAGACGCGGUAGCCGCCGCUAGCGGGCAGGCGGCCGCGCAGCUACAGCAGAUGGCGACAUCUCUCGGCGAGUUGUCGCAAGCGGAGCUGUCAAACAUCGUCGGCGGGCUGACGCUGGAACCUGACGUCACGGAGGCGGCGGACCCUGACGAUAUCCUGAAGCAACUGGGGGAGACCGCCUUUGACAACUUCGACACAUUCUUUACGGACCUGACUAAUGCUACCACGGUGCCGCCUAUUGAGAUUAAGCAAGAGGAAAACAACAACAUCUCGCCCCCGGGCUCGAGUAAUCAUAUCCAGAACUCAUACUACCAGCCCAAUCAACUAUCCAUACCCAACAAUGGACAACAGCGGCUACAGCAACUCCUGCGCUCAGGCAGCGGGAUCAACAACAGAUACAACAUAGCCUCAGCCAAUCCACUACUCGCGGAGAAGCUUGCGGCGACAUCUAGCGGGAUAAAGCAGGAGCCACUCAGCUCGGAUUACAACGGUACGAGUAUGAAUUAUGGCAACGCUCCGCCAAUGCAGAGAUCCGGGAAGCCCCAGGUGAACGACGCAGGCGGCGGUAAAGUGGAUGGCGAGCCAGCCGGACUGCCGCUCGGUGCCCGCGGGCUGGGACGCGCGCUGCUGCACGGACUCCUAGCGCCGGCGCAGGCCGCGCGGCACCCGCUCUACACGGCCCCUAACACUGGCUCCCUGCCGCCGUCACCAGCGGACUCUGGUGUGUCAGACGUCGAGUCCUCCUCAUCAGGGGCCGGAUCAGCGGAAGAGCUGAAGGCGCGGCUGCAGCCCCCGCCCGCGCCGUACGCGCCGUUCCUGCCCUUCUACCAGCCCCACCAUAUCGCUUCGCUGCAGCACCAUGCGACGCAUCCACGACCACCCGCUGGCGCGGUCAGCGAACGCGAGGCAUACGGUUACGGGUACGGCGGCGGCGGGAGCUCGCACCACUUCGCCGCGCCCGCGCCGCCGCCGCUCCCCGAGCACGACCUGCCCUACUCGGUGUUCGACUUCGGCGACUACCAGCGGCACCACCACCACAACAAACUCAAGCCCAAGAAGAGGCCGCGCGCCGACGCGCCCCCCACCCCCGGCGUCAAGCGCAAGAGCCGGGAGGGCUCCACAACUUACCUCUGGGAGUUCCUGCUCAAGCUCCUUCAGGACCGCGAGUACUGCCCGCGCUACAUCAAGUGGACGAACCGCGAGAAGGGAGUCUUCAAGCUGGUCGACUCCAAGGCCGUGUCUCGCCUCUGGGGCCUCCACAAGAACAAGCCAGACAUGAACUACGAGACGAUGGGGCGCGCCCUGCGCUACUACUACCAGCGCGGCAUCCUCGCCAAGGUGGACGGCCAGCGCCUCGUGUACCAGUUCGUCGACGUCCCCAAGGAUAUCGUGGAGAUCGACUGCUCGUUGGCUUAGAGUGUGAAUCUCUUAGUGACAGGACACUGCGUUCGUACGUUUCACUUAAACAUUGAUUCACUUUAGUAAAUUCGUCUAUUUUCAUCAUCGCGUUAUAAUCGCUUAAGAGUGUUUUCGUGAUUAAAUAAUCUAUGUGGAUAAACUAAAUUUUUAAAUUAAAAGAAUGUCGUUGAAUUUAAUAUUUAUACAAAAAUAGGUAUGGAGACGAAAAUGAUUGCUCAAAAUGUUUAUAUAUAUAUUAGGGGAUUCACAGAAAAGUACUAAAUUUGCUACGCGAGGAUGGAGCGAUUUUUGUAUAAUGUUGAAACGAAUUUUUAAAUGUUUAAAGAAGUUUUAAGAAGUUUCUGUACAUAUAACUAUUCGUAUAGUCGUCGGCCGGCGCGGGCCGGCCCGAGGCAAGUCGAGAACCGAACUGCCUACCUCAGAGUACGCAAACUAUACUUCAUACUAUAUACACUUCAUAUUGAAUCUACAGUAAGAACCUUAUUAAUAGUCUUUUAAGAGUUUAUAAUAAAGAAAUAUUUACGUGAACUUGGAUGUUUACUAUAGUGACAAAAAUAUCAUAUUAUAUUACCUAUCUUCUCAGAUGAUGUAUAUCUUGGUGCUUCGCGCAUUAACGGUUAACUGUGACUUCAUAGGAGCUGUCGCUCGCAUAUUCUCGUUAUAUAAAUAAUUAUAUGUUAUGAAUGAAGGACAUUUUAAUAGUUAACUUAAUUCAUGAGCUGAGUUUAGUUCUUGGCCGCCAGAGGGCGCCUCAACGAACACUACGACAGAACUGAUAUCUACUGCCAACUUCUGUUUAAACCUGAUACUUUAAUUAAGGGAUGAUAUUUUGUGCGUUAAUUGUGUUAAUUAUUUUAAAUAGUGUUUUAAGUGAACUUGCUCUAGUUUAUGUAUGUUUAUUUAAUAAUUAUUUUAAAUACGAUUUAAGGGGGCGUCGUGCGUCAACACAUUUAAGUACAUAUCAAUAUUUAAACCCGUUGCCCGCCAACUGCAUAUCAGAAAUCCUCACGCAUACAGAUGUAAAUCCCAAAUGACAUAAAAGUGUACGCCUCUUACGUCAUUUUAGACUUACAAACAAGCUGCGCGACGCCCCCAUUUUUUGUUACCUGAAUUAAAUAUUAAUAAUUAAUUACGAUUUGUGGUCCAAUGUUAUAGAAAACAUGAUAAUUUUUAACUAGAUAGUUUUUAAAAGUGUAGCCUAGAUAUCUUUAUUUUCGUACAACUCUCACACUAUCAAGUAAACUAAAUGACCGUGAAGUGAGCAGAGUUUUCUGCGCUGUGAUUGGUUAAUAAACUCGCUCUCUGAUUGGCUGGGAGACCGGAGUGACGCUGGUGUGUCCUCGGUUGCUCCCCUGGCCGUCAAUAGUUUGCCAAUACCGUAUUAAUAUUUUCAAAUGGUCCGUAUAGAAUCGUUAGGAAUAGGAAGUGUCCAUUAUGUUGCACGGAGCUCGCACUGCGCCACUAAGUUUUCGGAUGUUAUCAUGUAAUUUUUAUAUUAUAUUCAAAAUAAUUAUAUCAAUUAUGUAGUGGUAAGGGUGUUAUGUGUUGUGGGAGGUGCGCGCUCCGCCAGGCUCGGGCCUUUUAAGGCAGUUGAAGGUGCUAUGUGGGGACCGCAGGAUCUCGGCAUUCGAAAUUAAUAUAUAACAGACCAAUCCAGGCUAUGCAGGUAUAUAUAUAUAUAUACAUAUAUAAACCCAGUGUGCUAAGUAUAAAUUGUAUUAAAGAUCUCAGUGUCCAAUUCUUCGAACAAAUCCAGUGUCCCAUGUGAUUGAAUUUUAUAUAUAUAUACCUUGAAAUGUGGAUUUAAUCGUAUUUUUGUAUAGCUAGGAUUCAAAAUUUACUUUUCGGCACUUGUAAUGCUUUUGUAAAUAUAAUUAAUAGAUUAACUUAUUUAUUUCUUGGAUAAUUGAUACGUGUACCUUGCGGUGGUGAGGUUCGCGUUUACUACCAGCGCCCUCUAGUGUCACGUCACGCGAACCUAACCAACGCUUUCAUGAUUUACUUUUUAGGGAAUUUCGUUCUUUAGAUUAGAAAUUUUAUUGUAAAUGGAUAAUUGUAAUUAAAUUAUAAAUGUAAUGAUUGGACCACGUGAUGGAAUGUGAGCUCUCAGGACCGAUAGGCUCUGCGUUAGACGGUUCCCGGUUACCGGAAUGUUCGAGCAAGCAUUUAAAACGAUGCUCUGUCGUAUCUUUAGUCGAAUUGAUGUUGUUAAAAAAUCAAAGUUUAAUAAAAUAAUGUACUUAUCAGUGUAAAUUUUAUCAGCACCUCGAAAAUCGAGCCUAGUCUUAGAGUUUUAAAAAAAUAUUUGUAAUUGGAAGCCAUAUUGGUGUGAGGUUUUCGAGAUUAAAAAAAAUAACGCACACAGCCGCUGGCUGGCAGAGAAUCAGGGGGACGGAAGGUUAGUGACUCGGAUUAAGAUUGGCGAGCGCUGGCGGACUGACUUACCAUACUCCCUACUGAGUGGCAGUAUUCCUUCGCCCGUUUCAAAAGCGAGAGAGAGAAAUAUUGGCACAACUACGUAGUACAGUUUUAAAAGUUACAGUUUGUUUUUAAAGGCAGUAUGGCUUAGUCUUUAGCUACGAAAGAAAAAAAAGUUCGGUGUUUUUAUGUCAACUACCUACUUCUUACCUACAAAACGAAUAAUAUUUUGGGUUCAAACCCAAAAUAUGGUAGUUUUUCGGAUGAAUUUGGUAGUGUUCGAGAGUAUAGGUAAAUUGGUCCGUCGAGUACCGCGGCACGCACUGAAGUUUUUGACGUUUUCAAUAUUCAAUAUUAUGUACUACGUACUCAAUUGUUAAAUUAAAUUAAAUAUAAAUUAAUGUCGUAUUUAAAGAAAUUUUAGAGAAUUUGAUUCCUUCGGGAUUAUUAAUGUUUCUGUGUGGCUGGAACUUCUACCCCCACCCCGAUCGUUCGUGUCGCUCCGAGAGCAACUGCGCGACUAGCGCAGGCACUAGUUUAUAAUCAGUUAAAAGUCCGUUACGUUAAUAUAAUUAUAAAAGAUAAUUUAGUUGUUAUUCUCUACAAAUACUGUAUUUUCUGCCCGAUAGUUAAGUUAUUUUUCUAUGUAUAGUUAGUUAUAAGUGUAAAUGAUUUAGCACAUAAACUUGAUGCAUGAUGAUACAGUUAAUAAAAUAUCCACUAUAAAAA